UAAAAUAGCUCAAUAUCUUUUGGGGGUUGUUUCCUGUCUGUUGUUGUAUCAGGAUAUGAAUUCACUGGUAUCAAGUCUCAAUUUGCAAUGCAAAAUGCCCUAUUUUGCUGUGCAACAUUCCAUCUUUCUCAUGCCUUCCAUUUUCAUCAUUUGGUUAUUACAAAGAGCUGGGAAAAGCCACUGGGCAUAUACUUAAAGCACUGAGGAUAGUCAGACCAUCAUCUGCAAUAGAAUGUUAAAGUUGUUUACCCUUUUGAUUUUGGUUAUUUGACCAAGACAUCAUGGUAAAUAUAGCAUUUAUUUUAUGUAGCAUCUUUUCCUGUGGUAUCUUAAAGAGCUUUGUAUAAUAAUGCUAUAUUAGAGUUCUAGCCUGAUAUUGCAGCAACUAUGAAGCCAGAAGGAGCAGCUAAUCUGCAUUCAUUAGUAUUGUGUCUCAAAUGUAGCCUUGGGCACCAGGACCUGUGUUACUGAGAGAGGAAAUGAUGGCUAUGUCACUGGGAUUAUCCCCACUAUUCUUUUUUCCACUCCAAAUGUGUCAAAGGCACUUUAUUUUCUUCUUUGAGUGAUUACUCAUGUGUAUUCCACAAUAGGUGUGUGUGCUCGCCACGUGCACUGGUGUCGGAAGUUUUUCCCCUAGCAACCCCCGGAGUGGCACGCGGUAUAAGGGGCGUUGCGCACUCCCCCCACCCUCAGUUCCUUCUUGCAGCUAGUGAAGGUGCUUCGGAACUGCUAUGCUCCAGCUUUGCUGUAGCUCGUCCCCAGAACUGCUUGUUUGUUCAGUGUAUGGUACCUGACCUGUAGUUAGUUAGUUGAUUAGUUAGUUUAGUUUAUCUCGUGCGCCUGAGCUGGAGCAUGCCCUGUGCCCUGGAUUUUAAGUCGUGCGACACUUGUAGGCGACCUAUGCCAGUGAGUGAUCCUCACGCAGACUGUUUAAGAGAGCGGAACGCAAGUAUUUUGUGCUCCUAACUCCCUGGUGGUCGAGUCGGUCAACGACAGGGAACAGCAGAGCCAACCAGCCCCUACUCCAAAAAAUAAAGAUUCGAGGAGCGAGGAGACUGGACUCAUUUGGAAGAAAAAUGUAUUUGUCCUCGAGCUUCCAGUUAUGGGUGGCGAACCACCAGGCUCUCCUGGGCCGGUAUGAGUUCAAUCUGUGGGGCUCCACGGCCAAGUUCAAGGAGCGCGACAAGAAGGAGUUCAAAGCGCUGGUGGAAGAGGGUACAGCGGCUGCCAGGGCAACCCUGCAGGCAGCUUCGGAUGCAGCAGACAUAGCCGCGCAGUCCAUGAGAAGGGCAUCAUGGCUCCUGCUCUCUGAGCUGUCCAGCAAGGCGCAGACGUCCCUACAGGACCUCCCGUUUUGACGGCAAAGCUCUGUUUGCGGAACAAAUGGAUACAAAGCUGCAUGGCCUGAAAGACUCCCGCACGAUGCCCCAGACUCUGGGUCUCUAUGUUCCGACUCCAGCUAAACCUAAGUUCAAGCCGUAGCAGACUUCCACCCAGGCCACCCAUUCAAAAUACGAGAUCACUUAUAAAAAGUCGCGGGACUAUAAGAGGCGCCCACAGAGGAGGUCUUGGCCUGCCCCCCAGCCAGGGUCCUCCAAGGGCAAGCUGGCAGGGAAAAGGCGGUUUUGAUGGGACGCCUGGGGUGUCCUGCCAGUUCUCAUCAGGGAUCCACCCUCAGUAAAGCUUCCCUUCUCCAAUUGGUUGUGUACUUUCCUCCCGGAGUGGUCGCAGUGGACCUCGGACCGAUGGGUCCUCAAUACCAUCUCCCGGGGCUACACCUUCCAGUUUACUUCCACGCCGCCCAACCACCCUCCUUCCCUUCCCUCCGGGGGGACCCCUCACACGAGGCUCUGCUCGAGAAGGAGGUGGGGCGACUCCUGGGCCUAGGAGCGGUGGAAGCAGUGUCAGGGGGUUCAAAGGCAAGGGGUACUACUCCUGCUAUUUCCUUAUCCUGAAGGCCAAAGAAGGGCUCAGGCCCAUCUUGGACCUGCAAUGUCUGAACCAGUACAUAGAAUCAUAGAAUAUCAGGGUUGGAAGGGACCGCAGGAGGUCAUCUAGUCCACCCCCUGCUCAAAGCAGGACCAAUUCCCAACUAAAUCAACCCACCCAGGGCUUUGUCAAGCCUGACCUUAAAAACCUCUAAGGAAGGAGAUUCCACCACCUCCCUCGGUAACCCAUUCCAGUGCUUCACCACCCUCCUAGUGAAAAAGUUUUUCCUAAUAUCCAACCUAAACCUCCCCCACUGCAACUUGAGACCAUUAUGCCUUGUUCUGUUGUCUGCCACCAUUGACAACAGUCUAGAUCCAUCCUCUUUGGAACCCCCUUUCAGGUAGUUGAAAGCAGCUAUCAAAUCCCCCCCUCUCAUUCUUCUCUUCUGCAGACUAAAUAAUCCCAGUUCCCUCAGCCUGUCCUCGUAAGCCAUGUGCUCCAGCUCCCUAAUUAUUUUUGUUGCCCUCCGCUGGACUCUUUCCAAUUUUCCCACAUCCUUCUUGUAGUGUGGAGCCCAAAACUGGACACAGUACUCCAGAUGAGGCCUCACCAAUGUCAAAUAGAGGGGAAUGAUCACGUCCCUCUAUCUGAUGGCAAUGUCCCUACUUAUACAGCCCAAAAUGCCAUUAGCCUUCUUGGCAACAAGGGCACACUGUUGACUCAUAUCCAGCUUCUCGUCCACUGUAAUCCCUAGGUCCUUUUCUGCAGAACUGCUUCCUAGCCAUUCAGUCCCUAGUCUGUAACAGUGAAUGGGAUUCUUCCGUCCUAAGUGCAGGACUCUGCACUUGUCCUUGUUGAACCUCAUCAGGUUUCUUUUGGCCCAAUCCUCUAAUUUGUCUAGGUCCCUCUGUAUCCUAUCCCUACCUUCCACUUGAAACCGGCUGCCAACUAGACAUGGAGCCAUUGAUCACUACCUAUUGAGCCCGAUGAUCUAGCCAGCUUUCUAUCCACCUUAUAGUCCAUUCAUCCAGCCCAUACUUCUUUAACUUGCUGGCAAGAAUACUGUGGGAGACCGUAUCAAAAGCUUUGCUAAAGUCAAGGAAUAACACAUCCACUGCUUUCCCCUCAUCCACAGACCCAGUUAUCUCCUCAUAGAAGGCAAUUAGGUUAGUCAGGCAUGGUGAAGUUCAAGUUUUGCAUGAUCUCCCUAGCCUCCAUCAUCCCCUCCUUGGAUCCCGGGGACUGGUACGCUGCCCUCGAUCUGCAGGACGCGUACUUCCACAUUCAUAUAUUUGAGGGGCACAGACGCUUCCUCCGUUUCACGGUGGGGCAGGAACACUACCAAUUUAUGGUCCUCCCAUUUGGCCUGUCCACUGCCCCCAGGGUAUUCACUAAAUGUAUGUCGGUGGUAGCGGCCUACCUCAGGCUCUGGCGGGUCCAGAUCUUCCCCUAUCCGGACAACUGGUUGGUCAAGGGCAGUUCCUGGUCGCAGGUGUGGUGUCACGUGGCGCUCCUUCUGUCCAUGUGCACGACUUUGGGCCUGUUGGUGAACAACACCAAUUCCAUGUUAGUCCUGGUACAACGCAUAGAGGUUAUCGGGGCGGUCCUGGAUGCCUCGUCAGCCAGAGCCUCCCUCCCACCGAACAGGUUCGAGACCCUGAAGGGGCUCAUCGACACAGUCACAAGGUUUCCGGUGACAACAGCCAGAGCGUGCCUCCAGUUUUUGGGUCACGUGUCUGCGUGCAUGUAUGUGGUCUGUCACACCAGACUCAGGAUGAGGCCCCUCCAGCUCUGGUUGGCCUCGGAGUUCUCCCAGGCCAGAGACAGGAUGGACAAAGUACUCACGGUGCCCAAGCCAGUGAUCACAUCCCUAGGGUGGUGGUCCUCCUUGAGAAACAUGCUCCAAGGGGUCCCGUUCAGGGGCAGGGCCCUGUCGCUGGAUCUGGUGUCUAACGCAUUGGACCUGGGAUGGGGGGCCCAUGUGGGGAACGUUCAGACCCAAGGUCUGUGGUUGGCUCAGGAUCUGACCCUCUACAUAAACAUCAAGGAGCUCAGGGCAGUACGGCUGGCGUGCAUGGCCUUCCACUCGCACCUGGAGGGCCAGGUGGUCAGGGUUCUCACAGACAACACAGCCUCGAUGUUUUGCAUCAACAGGCAAGGCGGGGCCCAAUCCUCUGCCCUCUGCCAUGAAGCCCUCAGGCUGUGGGACUUUUGUAUAGCCCAUAACAUCUGCCUACGUGCCUUCCAUCUACCAGGAGCCUGGAACUCGCAGGCAGAUCACUUGAGCAGGGACUUCUCCUCUCAGCAUGAGUGGUCUCUCCACCCAGAGGUGGUGCACAGACAUUUCCAAGUGUGGGGAACCCCAGGGGGACCUGUUUGCGACUCGGCAGAACCGUCACUGUCCCCUGUUCUCCUCCAGAGGGGCUGGGAUGGGCGCUAUCUCUGAUGCCUUCCUCCUGUUUUGGUCAGGCCAGUUUCUCCAUGCCUUUCCCCUGUUACCGCUGAUUGGCAAGGUCCAGGAAAAGAUAAAGAGAGACAAGGCCUGGGUCCUUCUGAUUGCCCCGGCAUGGCCCAGGCAGCAUUGGUACGGAGCCCUUAUGGGCCUGGCGGUCACCCCACCGUGGCCGUUGUCUCCCGCGCGGACCUACUCUCCCAGGACCAGGGCUGCCUCCUCCACCCCAGCCUAGCGGCACUCCACCUCAUGGCGUGGCUGCUCAAUGGUUAGGCCGGGAGGAAAAGACAUGUUCAGAAGGGGUUCGGCCCGUCCUCUUAGAAACCAGGCGACCCUCCAUGCGCCGAGCAUACUUUGGCAAAAUGGUCUAGAUUUUCCAGAUGGGCAGAUGAGUGGGGCGUUUCCCCGGUGGCCACCCCGAUCCAGCUGAUUCUGGACUAUCUCCUUCACCUUAGAGCCCAGCGCCUGGCACCCUCAUCAGUCAAGGUGCACCUGGUGGCCAUAUCGGCCUUCCACCCGCCGGUACAGAGCCACACGGUAUUCUCCCAUGCUAUCACUGGCUGAUUCCUUAAGCGGUUGGAUCAUCUUUUCCUGUAUGUUAGGUCCCCAGUCCUGCAGUGGGACCUAAACCUGGUGUUGGCCCGUCUCACUGGGCCCUCGUUUGAGCCACUAGCUUACGUGCUCCUGGUCACACCUCUCGUAGAAGGUAGCCGUCCUGGUUGCGAUCACGUCGGCUAGGCAGGUCUCUGAACUCAGGGCCGUGAGCUCAGAGCCCACGUAAACAGUGUUUCAUAAAGAUAAGGUCCAGCUCUGCCCACACCCUUCAUUCCUCCCGAAGGUGGUCUCUGCCUAUCACAUGAGUCAGGACAUUUUUCUGCCGGUCCUCUGCCCCAACCCCCAUGCAUCCAGUGAGGAGCGCUGCCUCCACACGCUGGAUGUGAGACGGGCUCUGGCUUUUUACCUGGAGCGGACUGAGCCGUUCAGGAAGUCUUCGCAACUGUUCAUCAUCUCGUCUAGGUGCAUGAAAGGUCAUCCGAUCUCCACUCAGUGGCUCUCCAAUUGGAUCACCUCAUGCAUCCAUACCUGUUAUGACCUGGCGGGAAUCCCUCCGCCACCAAUUGUGAAGGCACACAGGACUAGGGCGCAGGCCUUGUCGGCUGCCUUUUUGGCCCAUGUCCCCAUUCAGGACAUUUGUAGGGCUGCCACAUGGUCUUCAAUUCACACGUUCACCUCGUCUCCCAGACCAGGGAGGACGCCGGGUUCAGCAGGGCUGUACUCUGUCCCGAGAGUUUAUGAACUUCUUCCCACCUCCAACAGAUAUAGCUUGGAAUCACCUAUUGUGGAAUACACUUCACCAAUCACUCAAAGAAGAAAAGAGUUACCUUUUCCGUAACUGGUGUUCUUCGAGAUGUGUUGUUCAUGUCUAUUCCACAUACCGCCCUCCUUCCCCUCUGUCGGAGUUGUCUGGCAAGAAGGAACUGAGCGUGGGGGGAGCGUGCAGCCCCCUUAUACUGCACCAUGGAGGCACCACUCUAGGGGUUGCUAGGGGUGCUCCCCUACGGGUACUGCUGGGGAAAAACUUCCGGCACAGGAAUAGACAUGAGCAACACAUCUCGAAGAACACCAGUUACGGAAAAGGUAACUGUCUUUUUCUCCUGGUGCUCUCACCAGAGAUGAGACAGAAUUGAGCUCCAUUUAAUGUUUAAAGCUCCCUAAUAUAGCUCUUUAAAUUCCAUGUAAUGCCCCCUAAUGCUGCACUUCAGUUUCAAUGUGGAAUCUGAGCUGAAGUUCAUCAUACCAACAGGGAAAAAUGCUAGUGUCUCAUUGACACUUAGCAUCAUGUAUUCCCCAUUUUUGGGUGGUGGACAGCAAAAGUAACUCAGCCAGUGUUCAGGUAGCUGGUUUAGUUCAUUUUCAUGCUGUGAUCUUAAUGGUUGCUUUGUUAUAGAUGUUAUUUGUGGUUUUUUCAUACAGUGUUGCACAACCAUCGUGUCUCAUCCAUUACUUCUGUCAUUCUGAGGAUAUUCUUGCUGGAUGUCAUGACUUUAAAAAACAAAAACAAAAAACCCUUCCCAACAGCUGUUUUAUUAAUUUAAUCACAAUUGAGAGGACUCAGCACCUCUCAAGAAAGUACUUAGCACCACUGCAAGGUUCGACCUAUAUUACCCUGACAGACUCCCAGCACCAGUGAGAAGCCCUUAUAACUGUUCUGAAAUCAGACUGCAGGCAUCAAACCAAGUUAGCUUCUUUGUGAAAAAUGCUAGUGCUCCAAUAUCCUAAAUUGGCCUCUUUGAACAUUCAGGAAAUGGCGAUAACUUCCACAACUGACCUACUGAAUAUGGAGUGUGUAUGUGACUUGAGUAAAAACCCCGAAAACCCUAAAAAGUUUUAGGUGCUUGCUUGUACGUGCACAUAUUUGCAUCUGCUCUGCUCAGCUGCAAACAACUUGUGUGCUAAUACAGCAACAUACCCUUUAAAUAGUCUAAUGCCUGAGCAUGCACAAAUGUGUACUUUUGUG